GCUGAAGUUUAGUUUCAUCACUGACUCUGGUUCUCCUCUGGUUCUCCUCUGGUUCUCCUCUGGUUCUCCUCUGAAGCUCAGGUGAGAUGACGACCUCCCCCCCCGGCUCGGUGGCCCUUGACGGGAUCCACUCGCAUCUGAUCGAGGACGAGGACGAGCAGCACCGCAGGACAGAUGUGGAAGUCUCCCAGGUCAGACUGCCCCCCCGGCCGAGCGGCCCCGGGCCCUACCGCCUCGCCACCAUCUGCCUGGCCACGCUCUGCGCCAUCAUGCUGUUCUCCAUGGUCGCCGCGGCUUCACUGGGUAGAAACAAACCUCAGGAGGGCGGUGAGGUCGCCCCCGAGCCACAGAAGCAGACGCAGGAGAUGGACAUGGCGACUGUGACGGCCACCAUCAGCCGUCUGCUGCAGGAGAAGAAGCAGCUGCAGGUGCAGAUCGACGAGCUGCUGGUCAAGCUGGCCGUCAUGAUGGCCACUAAGGCUCCUGAACCCGAGCCCACCGAGCCGGCGCCCCCCCCCAUCGUCUGCCCCCGCGGGUGGCAUCUCUUCAACGACAGCUGUUACCUCAUCCCCGUUCUGAAGAGGAAUUGGCGUGAUAGUCAGAAGUACUGCGAGAUCCAAGGCGCUCACCUGGCCUUCAUCCACUCGGCCGAGGAGCAGACGUUCCUGUGGGAUCUCCUGCCCAGAGGCCACUGGAACGCCUUCUGGUUCGGGAUCACUGACCAGGAGACGGAGGAUGAGUGGAAAUGGGUGGACGGGUCUCCGCUGGUCGGAGGUUUCUGGGGGGAGGGUGAACCCAACAACCACAACAACGAGGACUGCGGCUACAUGAUCAAGACGGAGGUGCUGGAGCGAGUGGCCGUGAGCAGCUGGUACGACGCCCCCUGCCACAUGAACCUGCCGUUCAUCUGUGAGAAGGAGAUGGGCGUUCCACACUGAGGCGGCUCGUCAGGGUUUCACAAACACCUGCAGCAAAAGAUUUCUUACUUUCUUAAUUCUCUUUCAAAACCUCAACUUUUAAUUCACGUUAUUUUGAUAUGAAAACAUUCCGAUGUUGAUUUUGCCUGAAACAAUGGACUUUAAUUAAAAGUGUGGCUGAAGAGGAAAUGUGAAGCAGUUGAGUCUAAAAUGUCAGCAGGUAGUUAGAAGUUAAACUAGUAAAGUAAUCAAAUGAUUUUACUAGUUUGUGAAACAAAGGACGUCAUUUUCCACUUCUGCAGGAACUGUGCCUAAAAUCAUCACCACCAUCAACAUGCUUGUGUUUAAAGGUUUAAGGCUUAAUGUCAAAAUCAAUUUGUUUUCUCAUGUUUAUUUGCUAGUUUCAUAAAAACGUGGCCACUAACUGUGAAUGUAAUCGUCGAACAAAUACUGAAAUACUGAGAAAUAAAUCAAUACUGAAAGAUAAA